UCACUUUGACGUGGAUGUGGAUGUGGAGUUGCAGCAGCAAUGGGAGAUGGAUGGGUGGGGUGAGACCGACCGGGUUUUAACGUGCACCACUCCGCUGCCAAUGUGCGGACGGUCCGUGUCUGAUAUGAGCUCGGACUGUGAAAGUUACUUCAGCAAAGAGACCGUGUUCGUGGAGGGCUUCACGUGUCCCAAAGCGGACAGUGACAGCACGGCGCUCUUCUGCUGCGGCUUCAGUGACUUGAAGUACUGUUGUGAUGACCCCAACAGCUUCUUCCCAUACGAGUAUGGAUACAUGUGGUGGUUAAGUCUUGGGGCUCUUGUGGGUCUCUCUGUAGCAGCUGUGGUUCUUCUGGCCUUCAUCGUGACUCUGUGUGUCCUCUGCUAUCUGUUCAUCACCACUAAACCCAGAGGUCUGGACAAUGGGCUGCCUCUCCGAGCACCAGGCUCUACAUCUAGUCCACAAGGACCAGGACCGAGUCAUACCAGCGCCCCUGCUGGUCCUCAAGGCCUCAGGAAACACUUCCUGAGGGGCAAGCUGGACUGUGACAACCAGCCCCCGGACCCUGACCGCCUUUUCCAGCGUUGUUUCAUGGCUACUGUGACUUCUAUCAACGUCGAGGGUCCUGCAUAGACUGGUGGACUAUUUGACUUUUUGAUUGUGUAGACCAUAGUUGCUCAAAGGUUGCUCAAUGGCGGCCCUCAUUAACAUUUUGUGCAGCUCCCCCGAAUGUGACAUGAAAUGCAUGUAUUAUAUUUUAAUCAUCCGCGGCCCAUUUCAAUACUUUCUAUAGCCUACUUUUAAUAAACUACUGAGCUAUUAUGUCAAACUGUGCCCCCCAGCAAGCCUCUGUCAGGUUAGGAACGGCAGCUUGUUGAAAGCUACAGUACUGGUUACAUGGCAACUAGUAGCACCUCGCGAGCGUCACAGUUUGGUCAUCAAUGCUAGUGCUGUUAGCCAGAAGUGUGGACUCGAGUCACACGACUUGGACUCGAGUCAGAAAUUUGAUGACUUUAGACUGGACUUGACACAAUCAAAAAAGACUUGCAACUCGAUUUGGAAUUUAACGCCGAUGACUCGUGACUACAUUUGCUGAAUCAUUAACAUGUUAAUGCUAUUCAUUCCCAGCAAGUCAACACUUUGUUUGAACCAAUCCGACAACAUCCAAUCAAGUCGCAAUCAAUGUUACGUUACUGCGCGCCAGUUGGAAAGAAUUAUACCAAAGAUAAUUUUGUUUGAGUAGAAAAACUAUGCGGUGGUUAACUAAAAAAGCAUCAGCAGCAUGCAAAACCAGCAGGUCGAAAAUUACUUGACGGAGACGCAAAUGGCAUCUCACAAAAUUGCUUAGGGUAGUGAAUCAUUCAGUGAGUGAGAGUUCAUGCAGGACUGCUUGAUGAAUCGUAUGUCCUAAACCUCUGGCCCUGCACAUGCUUUCCUCUUCCCUUGUAUACAGAUCACUUGAGAUACUCUUCAUGGUUUUAAUUGGCUUUGAAUAGAUAGGAUGAGCUGAGUUCUAAUAAAUGUAUUAGGGCUUAUUUCCCCAGAAAUGUCCCUAAAGUCCAGAGGUUGUUAGCAUCUGUUGGUCAUGCAUUUUAUGUUUCUUAAAAACUGAAAACAACAAGAAUUCAUCAGUUGUUUUGAGAUCCACUCGGAAAUAACUUUGUAGUGUUCUCUGAAUGAUGAUUAACCAUUGACAUGAUAGACUCAGACAUGUUUUUGUUGAACAUGAGAGACGAGAGGGAUUUUGACAAACAACAAAAACUGUCUAGCUGUGCCUAAACUGUGCUGUGUGUUUGAUUUAUUUGUGCUUGUUCUGGUUUCUUCUUGUUUAACCCGCUGGCUCCAUACUCUGCUUUUACAGUGUGACAGAGGAGUCAGCAAUUAUAUAACAGAACACAACAUCUAUAGCUUACAGGGCCACUCCACUGGUUUUACACAUCAUGAAAUAUUUGAUAAGAGAUAAGUUAGAUAUGGGUUAUCCCAACAAACAUUUCGAUGCCGAUCAAAUGUCUAAUCCCCAUUGGUCCUGGAGGUCAAUAUGACGUCUGGUUGAGGGGCUGAUAUGAACGGCUCAUAGACGACAUCGAUCCGCGUCGUCCUCGUCAUUUCAACCAAUUUACUUUUUUCCUUCUUUUUAUAUAAAUUGAAAUGUUUUACUGAAGAAGAAAUUAUAUCACAGUUACCUUGUAUUUUAUAGUUUUCCUUAUAGUUUCCACUGCCACCUACAUAAAAUUGGACACACCCACCAAACCUAUACCAAGCCCAGCUCUUGUAGAUAAUUAAAUAUUUCUCAAUCUGUUGAAAACAUGUUUUACAGUGGUGUAACAGAAUAAACACACCCAUGAUAUAGUGUCAUCUAAGUCUGAAAUCCCUACUGCCUUUCACCAAUACUGUGAAAUAGGAUGUGGCUCAAAUGUUAAACACCAAAUUUAGAUGUCGUUUGGUUCAUAUCAACAGGAUACCAAUGUUGAGCGAGUUACAUUUAUCAAUCAGUAUGGCCUAAUACUCUUAAACAAAAGACAGCAUUCAGUGUGUAAAGUGUAUUAUCCUAUUAUUUUUUUUACCCAAAGUACAACAUAUUUAAACAAGAACAACAAAAAAAUAUGAAAAUCAUAUUAAAUAGGACCCAAAUCCCAGUCCUCGCAGGUGUAUGCUAAGGGUCAGGUUGGCUUUCUGUGGCCUUUUAAUCCCGUCUCUUUACAGCAGCUGGUGGAACAACAACAAAAUGAAUAUUCAACCUUACAGCGCGCCUCUUCGGAUGCUGGAGCACUUUUUAUCCGUCAACAUUCAAAACAAAGACUUCCUGCACAUCUAUAAUCUUGUGCAUGAAAACAAUAUAUAAAUCACUAACAUAAACAAUAUAAACAGCUAUUAACAUGUUGUUUAAACGCUCGUUUCCACAUUACAACUUAACACACCUAAGUCGGAAGAACGACUUCCAAUUCUGCUAAGUAGGGAUGCUCAUUUCGAAAAAUGUUCUUAACCGAAAACCGAUCCUUGUUAACCGAUUAUUAACCGUUAACCGACAAGAUUUG